UUUUCAUCUUAGCGAUAGCCAACUACACAUAAAUUCUUGAGAUGGAGAAUCCAGUAAAAAGAAGAAUUGACUUAGUAGAUUUAACUGAAAACAAUCUGGGUCUUUUUAGAACGCUUCAUCAGGUCAUAUUUCCAAUAACUUAUGAUGAAAGAUUCUAUGAGGAUAGCUUAAAGAUGGGAGAAUUGGUUAAACUUGCAUAUUUUAAUGAUAUAUGUGUCGGAUGUAUUAGGUGUCAGUUGGAAAAUAAGAAGCUAUAUCUUAUGACGCUUGGGGUUUUAGCAGCUUAUAGAGGUCUUGGAAUAGGACAAAAACUUUUAAACCAUAUAUUAGAACAAGCAAAAAAAUUAAAUAUAGAAACUAUUUAUUUACAUGUAUGGACGGAAAACAAAGAUGCUAUUGAAUGGUAUACGAAGCGAGAAUUUUGUAUUUUAGAAACAUUGUCAAAUUAUUAUACAAAAAUUCAUCCGGGGACAGCCUAUGUUUUAGAAAGGAAUAUUAUAUAUAAUUGAUUCAUAACGAAAUGAUCAAAGAUUGUUGUUGUUUUUACCUGAUAUU